AAGUCUGCACACAGUAUUUAAGUAAGGUACACACUCCCAAAACAAUUCCAUCAAGUGCCUUUAAAUAUCUGAUAUUUUUAGAUCAUUGUUGUUUGACUCAUAAUUAUUAGGUUACACUUUAUUACAAAGUGUCUUUGUUACAGUGUGAUUAUACAUUUAAGUACUGAGUAAUAUUAAGUAAAUACAUGUUCUUACUAUAUGGUUAGGAAUAGGGUUUGGCUUAUGGUUACUUGUGUGCAAUUACACAUGAUUAAGUGUGAUUAUAAUAGUAAGUAUAUGUAAUGUGCAACAAGGACACCUUAAAGGGUUAUUAGUUCACCCCAAAAUGAAAAUGAUGUAAUUAAUUACUCACCCUCAUGUCGUUCCAACCCGUAAAACCUUUGUUCAUCUUCAGAACACAAAUUAAGAUAUUUUUUUAUGAAAUUGGAGAGCUAUCUGACCCUCCAUAGACAGCAAUGCAACUGAAAUGUUCCCAGUCCAUGUGACAUCAGUGGCUCAACUUCAGUUUUGCGAUGGAGUAUGCCUCCACAGUCAGACGGAUCGCCCAAUCUAGCAGCAUGAACAUAAAAGACAGACUUACUAUCGAGUUACAUGCUGAUGGUCGCCAUGGGAUUGUACGUGUAGAUCGUGUCCCUUUAGCAUGUAAAUUAGUGGAUUUACCCUGCAUCCUGGAGUCAUUAAAAACGGUUGACAAAAAGACCUUCUAUAAGACUGCCGACAUCUGUCAGAUGCUGGUAUGCACACUGGAUGGAGAUCUGUACCCCCCUCUAGAGGAGCCCACAGGCACUACAGACUCCAAAGGCAAAAAGAAAGACAAGGAAAAAGACAAGAAAUUUGUUUGGAACCAUGGCAUUACGCUUCCUCUGAAGAACACGAGGAAGAGGCGGUUCAGGAAGACAGCGAAGAAGAAGUACAUCGAGUCUCCUGAUGUGGAAAAGGAGGUGAAGAGGCUCUUGAGCACAGACGCCGAAGCCGUCAGUGUUCGAUGGGAGGUGAUUGCUGAGGAUGAGACCAAAGAACCUGACAACAGCUUAUCUCUGUCCAACUUGGAGUCUUCACCUGGAACCUCGGGACACAAGGGUCACGGCUCUUCAGUCCAACAUGACGAGCUACGCGAGAUCUUCAACGACAUCAGCAGCAGCAGCGAGGAUGAGGACGAGGAGGCUGACCGAAACGAGGACGACGACCUUAACAUCAUGGACACUGAAGACGACAUGGUCAGGCAGCUCCAUGAGAAACUGAACGAGACCGGCGGAAGCAGAGACAAGAAUGACCGUAACAGUCAGAUCGUAAUGGAGUAUCAGGUGCAGAUCAACAAUUUGAAGGCCAAGCUUCAGGACACACGUAAACGCAAGAAGGAACAGGAGAAAUUGAUAAUGGAGGUGGAAAAUCAAGCACUCAGGGAUCGUUUCCAGGGUCUUUUGAAUGGUAUGAUUCAUCAAGAAGAGCAAGAGAUGCAACAGCUGGCUUCCCUUCAAGAGCAGCUGGACUCGCUGAUCGAGAAGUGAUGCUCACGAUUACGAAGAUACUGCAAUACAAUGACUCUGACCAGAGGCAACUGCUGAACACAUCAUUGACUUUACUGCAUGUAUUAGCUAAAUUUGGACAUCGCAUUUGUGUUGAGACUCAUAGAAAUAUUGUCAACAUAUUCAACUGAAUGCUCGUCACACAAGUUUCAUCUCAUGCAAGAUUGUGUAUUUGUACUUUUUGUGACGUUACUUCUUCUGCUCCUUAAGCCUGCAAAUUUGUAAGCUACUCCCAUUAUGGUGGUCAAUAAACUGGAAAAUCAUACUAGA